AUGCCACGAAUCCCGACCUCACUACUUCUCAAGGCCUAUCGGGAGAAUCCCCUUCUAUCCAUCCUCCUGAAGGAAUGCCGAUCACUAGACACAGCCCGUAACGAACUUCGAUGGAUCCGAGAACGCGCUCUUCGCGACGCCCGGGAACACUCCCCCAAUGCCACAGGAACGCGACUAGGAUGGCGGACACGUCUACGAACGAUGUGCCACAAGCGCUCCCAGGGCGUUCCAUUGCAAUAUAUCCUAGGUGACCAACCAUUCGGAGACCUGGAGAUUCUCUGUCGACGGGGAGUUUUAAUUCCAAGGUCUGAUACGGAGUCCUAUACGUACGAAGCAGCCAGACUAGUCCGUCAGAUGGCGCUGGAAACGGACAAGAAUAGUCCGUCACCAUCUAGCAAGACGAGACCGCUUCGAAUUCUGGAUCUGUGUACGGGAACGGGUUGUAUAGCGCUGCUUUUGCAUGCGCUCCUCGCGUCGCAUUUUGAAAGGAUCCAGAUUAUGGGCCUUGAUCUGAGUCCUAUAGCGCUGAAUCUUGCGCAAAGGAAUCUGGAGCAUAAUAUCGGUCUAGAUGUUUUGGGUAGUCGUGCUCGUGAAGAAAUUCGAUUUCAUCGUGCGGAUGUGUUGAGCUCCAGCAGCAGCGCCGGUACCAGCGCCAGCACCAUCAAUGAUGGUUCUAUUCCAACCGUGGAAGACCUUCUAUCCAAAUACACUACUCAACUUGAACCCGGACCUGAGCCCGCGGAUGGAUCAUCAGCUUCUCUGCCCAAAAUCGACCUCCUAAUCUCCAACCCGCCCUACAUCUCAACGACCGAUUUCCACAACGGGACAACCGCCCGAAGUGUACGGCUCUUCGAGCCUCGAUUAGCACUUGUUCCACCCCACGUGCAUGCCAAUACCGAUGCCGCCGGCAAGACAGGCGAUAAACCCGAAGAUAUAUUCUACCGCCGCAUCCUAGGGAUAUCGCUGGCUGUACGGGCUAGUAUUACGGUUUUGGAAUGCGGGGAUAGGAUGCAGGCUGAGAGGGUUGUUGGGAUGUUCUCCGGCAUGAGGGGGCAACAGGGGAGAAUGGGGGAGGAGGAUGGGUUUACAGCGGAGGUUUGGCCUAAUACCGAGGAGGAUUGUUUGGCGAAUGGGUUUCAUAGGAGAGAUGGGUCUAGGUGCGUUGUUAUUCGGAGGGGGAGGGGUGGGAGUGGUAAUAGUUAA